AUUAGCAAAUCCUUUAAAAAUGAUUUUUGCCAUAACUCUGAUAAAAUAGAGACAUAAUAUCAACAUUCAUACAUAUAUACAGUACCUCUCUUACCAAAAACACACUUUGAACCCUUACAUGUUUAUUACAAUAAAAUAGCGCGGCAAUACUGCCAUCAUUACGGUAAGGCACGAGAAGCCCCGCCUGCGCUGUGUAAUCCUCCAUGGACGCUGAGAAGCUCCUCUCCGCUCUCCAUCACCAUCUGCAGAGAAAUGCGAGCGGGGAGCGGUAACAAAAUGUCAACUCGGGCUGCUCUCCGUCACUCGCAGACAUGAACGGAGUCCCGUCUGCCUCUUCCACCCGCAACAAGUCGCUCUCACCAUGCGGAUCCACUGCAAAGUAGUUGUGAUCGCCGUAUGUCUCGGAGUUUUCCUACUUUUGUACUUUUUGGGGGGUAACGCCGCGGACGAUCCGCUGUUGAAAGAAGUUGUAGAGGAGGAGGAGGAGGAGGACAGCAACUCUUCCCCUUCGUCCUCUGAGCUCGGACGCGAUGUUGCAGCAAAGUUUGCGAGGAAACCACCAGCUGGACUCGGCGUGCGUGCUGAGGAGCCUCUCAAGGGACGGAAAGAGAGGAAAGCGAUCAAUAGAGGGGCCAGCGUGAAUGCAAAGAGUAAAUUGCGGAGUAAUGUGGGCCGACCUGUGACCAGGCGCACCAGGGCAGAGGAAGUCAUGCACCUGGCUGUGGUGGCCUGUGGGAAUCGUCUGGACGAGACUCUCACCCUGGUCAAAUCAGCCCUCCUGUUCAGCCUCAAGAAGAUCAAGUUUCACAUUUUUGCUGAGGACCCUUUGGCCCCGCAGUUUGAAGAACGGCUGAACCAGUGGCCUCGUCCAGUCUUAGCCAAGUUCCAGUACAGCAUCUACCCCAUCACGUUCUCUGUGGGGAAUGCUGACGAGUGGAAGAAGCUCUUCAAGCCCUGCGCUGCUCAGAGACUCUUCCUUCCUGUCAUCCUGAAGGAUGUGGACUCAUUGCUGUACGUGGACACUGAUGUGCUGUUCCUGCGGCCCAUGGAUGACAUCUGGAGUCUCCUCAAGUCCUUCAACAGCACCCAGCUGGCAGCAAUGGCCCCAGAGCACGAGGUCCCCAAGAUUGGCUGGUACAGCCGCUUUGCACGCCACCCUUUCUACGGGGUCACAGGGGUCAACUCUGGUGUCAUGCUGAUGAAUCUCACAAGGAUCCGUCACACAGUGUUCAAAAACAGUAUGAUACCCAGUGGUCUGUCGUGGGAGGAUCUACUACAUCCACUCUACCAGAAGUACAAGAACCACAUCACCUGGGGAGACCAGGACCUCCUCAACAUCAUCUUCCACUACAACCCAGAGUGUCUCUUCAUCUUUCCUUGCCAGUGGAACUACAGGCCUGAUCACUGCAUGUAUGGGAGUAACUGUAAAGGGGCCGAAGAGGAGGGUGUGUCCAUUCUCCACGGUAAUCGUGGAGUGUAUCAUGAUGACAAGCAGCCGGCCUUCAAAGUAGUCUAUGAUGCAAUACGUGAUUUUCCAUUCGAGGACAACAUGUUUCAGUCACUCUUCUACCCCAUCCAGACCAAGUUCCUGGACACAGUCAACACCCUGUGUGGUAGGAUUCCUCAAGUCUUCCUCAAGCAGAUAGAAAAAACCAUGAGGAAGGUGUUUGAGGACAAAGUGGUCCACCACAUCAAACCGCACAAGUAACCAGUGGAGAAACGGACUCCCUGUUUUAUCUGAGAAUACCGAGGACCAUCUCGCCGUGGAUUACGUGUCAUACCAGCAUCUCCCAGAUCGAACUGCAGUGUAUUCAACACAUGACACUUCCUAGAAUACGAACAUUAUGAUCCUCUUUUGGUGGUUGUGGUAAUAAUUCAAUGUAUACAGAGAAGCAUACAGUGCUGGUCAGUGAUGCUGUAGAAUAGGUUUUGCCUUAUUGCCAUCCUACAUUGUGCACAGCCUAGUUAUGUACGGUGAUGAAAUGAAUAAGAAUGUUACAGAGAAAAAAAGACUGCAUUAUUUUUAGUCAAGAGUUAUCAGCUCUUGAACUCAAGUAUAGGCUAAAAGCAACAUUUAAGGCAUAUUUCUGUCAACUGAGUGGUGCAUGAAAGUAUUUGCCUUCUUUAUUUUUUCUUCAUAAACAUGGUUUGAAUUAAUCUCUGCCUGUAGGGAGUUAAACAAGGUCAACUUUGGACUUUGGAAAGUUUUACUACUUGGAAGUAGUAGAUUCAUAAACCACUCCUGUAAAAUGAUGUGAAUGUUUUACCAGCAAAUAACUUGAAAUUUUAAGUCUGUGUGAAUGCGAAGAGUCUGGAGUAUUUGGUCUGUUCCGCAGUUGCCAAAUGCCACUGACAGUAUUAAAUAGGGAUUUUAUGUUACAUACCGAAUAUUAAAAUGCACUUUCAGAAUUAUAUUACAGCAGAGGACCGGGUGGUUGUUUGUAGACGACAUGUCCGCAUUAGAUGCUACACUAUCUGAAUGAAUCAAAACCAAAAGUGCUAGCGUUUAAAAGUACUACAGCUGAGUAUGUGCCAUAUAAAUAUUCAUGUCUGCCAUGUUUACUAUUUUAAGAAAAUGAAUGGUAUAGACGUGUGUUUGAGACGGUAUCUUUGUUUGUAAUAUGAUGUAUGGUCUGUGGAGAACACAUAGACGAUAUGUUUUUGCAACAUUACUUUUGAUGUGGUGUGAUGGUCUCUAUGUAUCAAUCAUUCAAACUGGAAACUGAAAAUGUCUGUACAGUCAAUAUGUGUUUCUAAAUAAAACAAUGCAAUGUA